AUGUCGUCAACAAAACAAAUAAAAGCCACAACCCAGGAUGACAAUGAUCCCAUCCCUCAGCCCUUCGAUGCAAAGAAGUUAGCCCCCGCGAAAAAGCGGCCUUGUUCCCCGUCCGAAGGCCAACCCGACAAGAAAAUCAAACUUAGCGACAGCGUCGCCAGCACCAAUGCUAGCGCGAGUGCAGCCUCUGCCAGCGGCAGCACCAGCAACAACACUCCCUCCGGCUCUGGCGAAGCUCCCCGCAAGCUCAAGCGUCCCGGCCAGCGCGCCCGCAUCAGCGAAGCCGAGCGCGAGCAGAUCCGCCAACGGGCCCUAGAGCGCGAGCGCCAACUCCGCGAAGCCACCGAACAGCAGGAACAACAACAGCGCCAGAGCAUCAACGACAUCGUGCGCACGCACUAUAACUCUGUGCCAGAACGCGGUCGCGAGUGGCGCAAGACCGAGAGCCGGAUUAAAGGGCUGCGCGCGUUCAAUAACUGGGUCAAGAGUUGUCUGAUUCAGAAGUUCUCUCCCGACGAGGAUUACACACCGGGAGCACUCGAGAGGGGAUUGCAUUCGGGAAAUAGGUUGUUGGUGCUGGAUAUUGGGUGCGGGAAGGGCGGCGAUCUGUUCAAGUGGCAGCAGGCGCCGCAGAAGGUGGAUUUGUACGUCGGGCUGGACCCGGCCGAGGUGUCUAUUGAGCAGGCGAGGGAAAGGUACAGGAAUAUGGCGAACCGCGGUGGGGGUGGUGGACGGGGCGGUAGGGGCGGCCAUCAUAGACGCCCGCCGCGGACGUUUGAGGCGAGGUUCCAUGUCAAGGAUUGCUUUUCUGAGUCGAUCGGGGACAUCGACAUCGUUCGGCAGGUAGGGUUUACCACGUCGCCGUUGGCCAGCAGCCGCGGGUUUGAUGUGGUAAGUAUGAUGUUCUGCAUGCACUAUGCCUUUGAGUCGGAGGAGAAGGCACGGCAGAUGCUGAAGAAUGUGGCUGGCGCGCUGAAGAAGGGCGGCCGUUUCAUCGGCUGCAUCCCCAACUCGGACGUCAUCAGCGCCAAGGUCGUCGAGUUCAAUAAGAAGCUCCAGGAGAAGAAGAAGAAGAAGAAGUUUCAAGCCGCGCAAGCCGCCGGCUCCUCUGAACCCUCCCAAGACGGCGCCUCAACCUCCGACCCUGACUCCAAACAAAAAGACGCCACCGAAGAAGGCGAAGCCGAAGAUGACACCGCCCAAUGGGGCAACAGCAUCUACCGCGUGCGCUUCCCCGGCGCGACUCCCGCCGAUGGCAUUUUCCGCCCGCCCUUCGGCUGGAAGUAUAACUUCUUCCUCGACGAAGCCGUGGAAGAAGUCCCCGAGUACGUCGUACCCUGGGAAGCCUUCCGCGCGCUGGCCGAAGACUAUAAUCUCGAGCUGCAAUACCACAAGCCGUUUGCGGAUGUGUGGGCUGCGGAGAAGGAUGAUAGGGAGUUGGGGGCGCUGAGUGAGCGGAUGGGGGUGAGGAGUCGGGAGACAGGGGAGUUGUUAGUGACGCCGGAGGAGAUGGAGGCAGCGAGUUUUUAUGUGGCGUUUUGCUUUUAUCGGGUGUGA